CCUAAGCUGUAGUUGUAUGUCUGAAAAGAAAGGAAAAGUGCACUUUAGUCUGACUGCUCUGACGUACGUGAAGCGGCUGUAGUUGAAAUGUUGAGUUAUCACGUGGGCGGUUCAGCUGAAACCCCUUAAUCAGUCGUGAGAACUAAACUAGAUCCUCAUCUUUGCUGGUUAGAGCUUUUGUGUGACUGAGCAGUUCUCUGGGCCGCUCUGUUCACGUACAGUGGCUAGUUUUAUGUAACGCUUGUGUCAACAUGUCUCAUGCUGAAAUACUCUCGUGCCGAUUCCUGUGUUUUGACCAAAUGUACAGCUUCGAGAAGCGCUUACAGACUUUCUCCGACUGGCCUUUUCGCGAAGACUGUCAAUGUACACCUGAGCUGAUGGCCAAGGCAGGUUUCGUGCACUGUCCCAGUGAGAAUGAGCCUGAUGUGGUAUGCUGUUUCUACUGCCUCAAAGAGCUUGAGGGCUGGGAGCCUCAAGAUGUUCCUUGGUCUGAGCACGCCAAGCGCUCACCAGACUGUGCGUUCCUUCAGAUGAAAUCUUGGGAUGAGCUUGCAGCUAUCGAGUUUUUCCAUCUGGAGCAUGGGCGCAUCCGCAACUACAUAAGGAAAAUGGUACACAUGAAGAUUGCACAUUUCCGUGAUGAAGUGGAAAAUAUCAGCAAAAAUCUGCGAGUUAUUUUUGAAAUUGCAACUUGAUUUCUUUUUAAAUGUAUUGCUUUUGUGCUUGAUCUUCAAUCAUUAACUUAAAUAAAUUGCUUUUACACCCUUU